AUGGACCACUUCCCUGGAACUUGGGGUCGCCCCAGAAAUGAUGUUUACGGCGCAUACGACGCUUCAUAUCUGCAGACUACCGGUCCCAAAGUUCACACUUCAUCCCCCGCUGUGACCGGAACAUCGGUGGUGGGUGUUAAGUUCAAUGGUGGUGUUGCCAUUGCUACCGACAACUUGGCCUCCUACGGAUCUCUAGCUCGUUUCUCCGACGUGAAGCGUCUGCGGUCUUUCGGCGACAAGGCGAUGGUUGGAUUCGGCGGCGACGUUUCUGACAUGCAAUAUCUCGACCGUCUCCUCGACACCAUGGAUAUCAAGGAGAACUACUCAGCCCAUGGUAAUAUGCUCAAUGCCAAGAACCUACACACCUACCUCGCCAAGGUCUUCUACAAGCGGCGCUCCGAGUUCAACCCGCUGUGGAACCACGUUCUUGUGGCCGGUUUCGAUGCAGAGGGAGAGCCCUUCUUGAGCUCAGCAGAUCUUCUGGGUACCACAUUCUCCGCACCACACCUCGCCACAGGAUUCGGUGCUCACCUUGCGGUCCCAAUCCUGCGCCGCAAGUUCCCUGAGGAGUUGCCUCUCGAGGAAGUGACACAAGAAGCCGCCGUGGAGGCAUUGAAGGAGUGUAUGAAGGUGCUGUUCUACCGUGAUGCCCGCAGCAUCGACAAGUACUCGAUAGCAGUGAUCACCAAGGAUGGCAUCGAUCUGAAGGAGGAUGAGCAGAUCCAGGGCCAAAGCUGGGCCUUUGCCGAGAGAAUCAAGGGAUAUGGCGCCCAGGUUGUUUAG